GUGGACAAAUUUUUAUGUUUUGCAGCGCAUUUCGCCAUUUUCUUUUCUGAACCUUUUGGGAUUCUUCCUAUUUUUUAAUUCCAUUUUUCGCACUUAUUAUAUUUCCAAUAUAAAACCCCUUUUGCAUGCGCGCAUACACACUCUUUUCGUUUGACAUUCUACAGCAUUAGAACAUUAACAAAAUAAAAAUGGACGGCCUUCCAGCGCGACAACACCGGCUGCCUUCGCUCAAGGAGCUCUGCCAACGAGCGCUCACCAAACAUCACCACGGUUUGCGUUUCCUCGGCAUAACCCCACACUUCCUCCUCCUCGACGCACUCACCCAAUGCACGCCGCAACAGCUCGAGACGCUCGAACACCUCAAUCCACAUAUCCUCGACGACAACGAGCCGCUAUGGCGCCACCACUGUGUGCGCAAGAACGCCGCCCUAGAACACCUGGACGCUGGCCAGUUGGCCGUCGGGUUUUGGCGCGAAAAGUUUCGCGACAUGCGCAUUGAGGACGAGUUGAGGAGGAGGGAUAUUUUGGAGAGGGUGCGUGGGAAGAUGGAGGAGGAGGAGAGGAAGGCGAGGAGGAUUGAGAUAAUACCGAUGGGAAGUGCUGUGGUGCAGGGAAGGAGGCCUGGGAGGGUCGGUAGGGCUGGGUGCUCAUUGAUGCAGAGGGCACGUGCUGAGACCAGGGCGCAUAUGGACCUUCUGGGCGUUGCGCCGGGACGCGGAAGGCCGGGUAGCACAUCUGGCUCGUCGGCAACACCAAAGGCAGCCGCACCCGCAACAGUGACAUCACAAUCAACAUUGACACCAAAAGCAUCAUUGGCAUCGACAUCAAAAUUGAUACUGCCGGCAAACAGCCCUCAGACACACAAUAGGCCCGCGAAUGUGUCCUCUGCAGCCAUGCAGCAUUCGAGUCCUAACCGUCUUUCGCCGGCGCGGUCUCCCGCUUACUCGCAGUUAUACUCGCCAUUGUACUCGCCACCCUACUAUUCCUCGGCGUCUUCGUGCUCGCCCACGCACUCUGCCUCUGCAUACUCGCCGCCGUACGUGCCCGAGGCACCACCGUGCGCUGCUGGGCAGGCCCAGUAUUCGGGGUAUAAUAUCUUUGAGGACAUUUUCGGCGUGUCGCACACGCCCGGGCUUCCAUCAACUGUGUCUAUCACUGAGCAGACAAGGCAUCAAACCCCUGGCGGAGCAUCCAAGCGAAAACGCAUGGCCGAAGAGGACCGGUACUCGCCAGAGUGCCAUUAGCAAGUGGCGU